CGCCGCACAAACCGUGGGAUCUUUCCAGCAUGGGAGCUUCGCUUGUCCCUGGCCCUGGUCUUGUUUUCCAGGAUUCAUUACGGUGGCAUCUGAGUGGACUGUCAUUAGAGCAGAUUACGAGGGUUUAAUCUUCUUGACAAUCCCUGUCUCUGAGGGACCAAGCAGAGAGCAUUUACAGAGAGCGAGUUCCACAAUGGUGUCAACCUAACGGGCCAGGCAAUUUCGGCAGCAUUUGCAAGGAACAUUUGAAAGGAAUGGGAUGCAAAUAAGUUUGUUUCCCAAGCUAAGGCAACGAGAGCGACUGUUGUUUUGCUGAGUGUUGAAUGAAAGGAAGGCUUGGUUAAAGAUGCAUAAGCACCAUUAAGAAGGUUUUAGGCAUGUGUGCUACAAUGCAGAGCUUUAUAGCAGGGCUGCAUAUUAGGAAACAGACCAAUAGUAAAAUAAAGACAUGAGUAAUUCGGGAAUACUGAUGAGCUCCACCCUUUCCUUUUCUCAGUAAAGCAGUCGAAGCUAUAAGGUGUGGUACCCGAAUACAGGAAUACACAAUGGAUGUUUUCUUUCGGCAGACUUGGACUGAUGAGAGGUUGAAGUUUAGUGGGCCAACUCAAAUUCUUAGAUUGAACAAUUUAAUGGUCAGUAAGAUCUGGACACCAGACACCUUUUUUAGAAAUGGAAAAAAGUCAAUUGCUCAUAAUAUGACAACUCCUAACAAACUUUUCAGAAUUAUGCAGAAUGGAACUAUUCUCUAUACGAUGAGACUGACCAUUAAUGCUGAUUGUCCCAUGCGGCUGGUAAACUUCCCUAUGGAUGGGCAUGCUUGUCCAUUGAAGUUUGGGAGCUAUGCCUAUCCAAAAAGUGAAAUCAUUUACACAUGGAAAAAGGGACCUCUGUAUUCAGUAGAAGUACCACAAGAAUCUUCCAGUCUCCUCCAGUAUGAUCUUAUAGGACAAACAGUGUCUAGUGAAACAAUUAAAUCUAACACAGGUGAAUAUUCACUUCAGCUGCUCUAUUUUCAUCUGCAAAGGAAAAUAGGCUACUAUCUCAUUCAGACAUAUAUUCCAUGCACCAUGACUGUAGUCCUGUCUCAGGUUGUGUUUUGGAUCAACAAAGAAUCUGUUCCAGCAAGAACUGUGGCUGGGAUUACUACAGUUCUAACAAUGACCACUUUAAGCAUCAGUGCGCGCCACUCUUUGCCCAAGGUGUCUUAUGCUACUGCCAUGGAUUGGUUCAUAGCUGUGUGCUUUGCCUUUGUCUUCUCUGCACUUAUCGAGUUUGCAGCUGUCAACUACUUUACCAAUCUUCAGACUCAGAGAGCAAUGAGGAAGGCAGCCCGGGCAGCAGCACUAGCAGCAGCACUAGCAGCAGCAACUGUACCAGCAGAGGACGAGAUUGUCUCGCAUUCUGAUUCCAAUUGUAACCUGAAGAAGCGAGUGAACUCCACAACCUCUCAGACGGACCAGUCCCCUGAAGCCAGCAUAAUGUCCAAUAGUGCAUCUCAAGGUCAACCAACAUCUAUUCCCCUGCCAGCCCCACCACUGCCACCACCACCACCAGCAAUCGGAGGCACUAGUAAAAUAGACCAGUAUUCCCGGAUCCUCUUUCCAGUGGCAUUUGCAGGAUUCAACCUGGUAUAUUGGGUUGUUUACCUUUCAAAAGACACUAUGGAAUUUUUUGAACCCACUGCAAUGCAUCUUCGGAAUGACUAUCAGCCCAACUGACGUACACAACACAGGUUUGACAAAUCACUGACCGUCUUGUGGAGCUCAGUCACUUCAAAAGAUGAGUGUCUGUCUCUGCCUGCCCCGAAUGUAAAAUAUAGUGUAUUUAUGUGGGAUACCAUCUGGAAAUUUAGACUCUUGGCCGCUUUAAGGGACAGACUCUGUGCAAAGUUCAAAGGUGUUGAUUCAGAGAGCAAGCUCGAGUUCUUAUUUUGUUAAAUGGUUUAGGACUGAGAAUUAUACUUGUUCUAAUUCUAUUAUGAAUGUUUGAAGGUAAAUCUUGAAUCAAAAUUGAGAUUCCUUGUAACAUCUCCCUUAAGUACUUUUAAGGGUACUAAUGAAAACCUGAUUCUGAGCUAGCUCCAUUGCAGUCAAAAGGGCUGUUGUCAAUUUACACCUAAUAUCUGUUGAGUUGUCCUGUCAAAGAGGGUUGAACCCUAUCAAUUUUUCAUGAUGAAUGCUGUACAUUUGUUUGUAUCCUUGUUUUUAGCAUCUUGUUUAAAUGUAAAAUUUAAAUGAAGAUUCAUACACUAUUAUAAAAAAAUCCAAAAAAUAAUAUGCCAAAGGGAAUGGAACAGGACAUGUAAAUAACUGUUUAUUAAUCUGAGCUGGUAAAUUAAGAUAUUGCACUUUAUCUUGCCUAUACACAGAUAAAGUACUACCAGCAAGUUUGGUGUCACUUUCAUCACCAUUAGAUUUGAAGGUAUUUACAAUUUGAUUCACACUCUUGUAACAAAGAAAGGUCUAGUCUUUGUUGUAGUAUUUAUGUUACAUAUUUCUUUGCUUUCUGACAUUUUAUUAUAUACCCACCCUUCAUCUCCAUUACCCUUGUUUACGAAUGUAAUUGGAGAGAACUUACCCAAUGAAAUAAAACCUGAGCCUUCUUUCUAGCAAGCCCGGUGAAUAUUGGUAGGCAUUGAGAAUAACAUGCAGUAGAAAUAAACUAAGAACUCCUACAUUUAUAUUAAAUUGUUGUUAAGAUAAAUGGAAUUAAAAAUUAGUGGGAUGAUUAGGUGCUGCAAUGGUUCAUACAUCUAAGCAUUGCAAAGGAUUUCUUGUUUCAUCUAAACCAAACCUCUUUAUCACUCUGAGUUAAUAUUCAGGGACUAGAUUCCCAGCUCUUGUAAGUUCUCAGUGCUUCACUGACUUCACUUGAGCUAUGCCAAUUUACACCAUCUUAGGAUCUGGCUUUAGUUGUCUACUUUCCCCCUAUUUUAAUAUGUAUGUAGCUUCUCUUGGUCUGGCAACCAGAAAGAACACACUAGGUCAGAUCCUUAGUUCAAUUUCAGCCUCCCUGCUCUCCACCUGUGUGUACUUUACGUGGGUGGAGUAAAUUUCAUGCUUCAGUACACUUGGGCUAAUAUAGUAAUUGCAGCCUACACACAGAGAUGUCAUUAUAUGCAGUUUAUUUUUUUCCAGAGGAAACAGACUGGCAUGUUUGAAUGUACUUGUAAGUGUACUGAAUUAUUUCCCAUUUGCUCUGAAACCAGAAUUGUGAAAGCUUUCCCCAUUCUUAGUUUCUGUACAAUAUCUUUAUUAAACAUGGAACC